AACUUGAGGAAUAAAGAUGUUUGUAUAGGUGAGCAGAAAAAACUAAGACUUCAUUCCCUCUGCCUAUCUUUUUUCAUUCUACACCAAUGACUUUCCGGUUCAUCAUUUCCUUGAUUCUCCUGUCAUUAGCAACCUCAAGAGUUUUUUCAAGCAAUGAAACUGAUCACCAAGCUUUACUUUCUUUCAAGGCUUCCAUAACAGAGGAUCCUUUUGGCGCACUGAGCUCAUGGAACUAUUCCAUUCACUUCUGCCACUGGAAUGGAGUUACAUGCAGCCGCAGACGAGAGAAAGUAACAGCACUAAACCUCACAAGGCAACACUUGGGGGGCACAUUGUCUCCUCAUAUCGGAAAUCUCUCCUUUCUCAGGGCAAUUGACCUCUAUCAAAACAACAUCCGCGGCUCAAUCCCCAAUGAUAUUGGUAGACUGUUUCGGUUACAAUAUCUUAAUCUGGAAGCCAACUAUUUUGAGGGUAGAUUUCCUACAAAUUUGAGUCAUUGUGUUGAUAUGAAAAACAUCAAUAUGAAUCAUAACAAGAUACACGGAAAACUACCUAGUGACUUUGCUUCUUGGCCUAAACUUGAUUCGUUUUCUCUUUCAACUAAUCAAUUUACUGGAUCAAUUCCGCCUUCAAUAGGAAAUGUAUCAUCUCUUCGUAUUCUUUAUUUAUAUGAUAACAUUAUAUCCGGGGGAAUUCCUUUGGAAGUUUCUCUUCUUGCAAAGCUGGAGGCUCUUGAUUUGUCAGGCAACUAUCUGGUGGGUAUUGUUCAUCCAUUACUAUACAACCUCUCAUCCCUCGCGGUGAUUAGUCUGGCGCUGAAUCAAUUAGAAGGAACGCUGCCAGCCGAUAUGGGCUUCACCCUUCCUAAGCUGGGAGGAUUCGUCGUUGGAGGGAACAGAUUUUCUGGCCUCAUUCCACCAUCAAUAGCUAAUGCGUCUCAUCUGGUUUAUUUUGAUAUCCCGGGAAACAAUUUCACCGGGCCUAUACCAAACAAUUUGGGGAGCCUUUCUAAACUUCAAGUGCUGAGCCUGGGGCAAAAUUCACUUGGAGACAACAUGAGGCCGGGCGACUUGAGCUUCUUGGAUUCUUUAGUCAAUUGUACCCGUUUAAGGGUACUGGCAUUCGACGACAAUAAUUUAGGAGGGAAGUUCCCAAAUUCAAUUGUGAAUCUCUCCACCACAAUGGAAAAGCUCGGUCUGUAUGGAAAUCACAUAUACGGGAGCAUACCUCGUGAAAUUGGGAAACUAAAGAACAUGAACUUACUUGCAUUCGCAAACAAUUUCUUAACAGGGACCAUUCCUGAAUCAAUAGGAGAGCUAUCUAAGUUGGGCGGACUAGAUUUGGGUAUUAACAACAUUUCAGGAGUUAUUCCAACUUCCUUUAGCAACAUGACUCAAUUGCUUUAUCUCGGUUUAGAUGGUAAUACACUGCAAGGAAGCAUACCUACUGAAUUGUUUAACAUCUCAACUUUACAGACGCUGGCCCUUGGCAACAACAGGCUUAGAGGUGAAAUACCCGAGGCAAUUGUGUCUUCUUCCCAAUGUUUUUCCCUUGAUUUGUCCAAUAAUCUCCUCACAGGACCACUGCCAUCAAAUAUUGGACUCUUGAAACAACUGGUUCAGCUAUCUGUUUCAAACAACAAACUAACAGGAGGUGUACCCGCUGCUCUGGGCGAGUGUGUGAUGUUGGAGGAGUUAUAUAUGGCAGAAAAUCUGUUUCAAGGUAAAAUUCCUCCUUCUUUUAAAGCUUUGAAAAGUCUCAGGAUUCUAGAUCUCUCAAGUAAUAAUAUAUCUGGGGGUAUUCCAAUUUUUUUUGAUAAGUUUCAUCAAAUCGAAUACCUCAAUCUUUCCCAUAACGAACUUGGAGGUGAAGUGCCUAGAGAAAGACUUUUUUCAAAUAACAGCGCUUUUUCAGUUGUUGGCAAUUUGGAGCUUUGCGGAGGUAUUCAAGCCUUGCAUUUGCCUGCUUGUCCUGUAAAGGUCACGAGGAAUAAGAAGAAAAAGUUUGGCAUGAGAAUAAUACUAAUUGUAGUUCUUGGACCCAUUGGUACCUUGUUAGGCUGUCUUUCCUUGAUUUUUAUUCGACGUCGAAACUCCAAGAAGUUGAUUGACCCUGUCCCAGUACUCAAGGAUGACCAAUACCUCAGACUUUCAUACCAAGAUCUUCUACUAGCUACAAAUGAGUUCUCUCCAAACAAUUUGGUAGGCAAAGGAAGAUAUGGUUCAGUUUACAGAGGAGUUCUUGCACCAUCAGAACAUAUAGUUGCUGUGAAGGUACUAAAUGUUGAAGUACGUGGAGCCAACAAGAGUUUUCUGGCAGAGUGUGAAACAUUGAGGAAUAUUCGUCAUCGGAAUCUUAUCAAGAUCAUCACAGCAUGCUCUAGCACUGAUUUUAAGGGCAAUGACUUCAAGGCAUUGGUUUUUGAGUUCAUGACUAAUGGAAGUCUGGACACGUGGUUGCAUCCAAGUCCUUCCGAACAAGGGAAUGGAAGAAACUUGACUUUACUGGAGAGACUUAAUAUUUCCAUCGAUGUUGCAAUGGGAGUUGAUUACUUACAUCAUCAUAGUCAUGCAAGUAUCAUUCAUUCUGACAUAAAACCAAGUAACAUUCUUCUUGACAAGGAUUUUGUUGCUCAUAUUGGUGAUUUUGGUUUGGCGAGGUUUUCCCUUGCCACAACAGGCGACAUCAAUCAAGCACAUUUGAGUUCAACUGGUAUACGUGGAACAGUUGGAUAUGUCCCUCCAGAGUAUGGAAUGUGUGGGGAGAUAUCUGCAGAGGGAGACGUGUAUAGCUAUGGAAUUCUUCUACUAGAAAUUUUCUCAGGGAAGCGGCCUACAGAAAGCAGCAUAUUAAUUGACAAUGACAAUAAUCUUCAUGACUUUGUGAGGAAGGCACUCCCGGAAAGAUUAAUGGACAUUGCUGAUCCACGGAUCAUACUAGAUCAAGAACAUGGCAUGACUGGAAAUUUAUCAUACAACAGGGCUUCCAUGGAGUUAUGUCUGGCAUCUAUAUUUGAAGUGGGAAUAUUAUGUUCAGAAGAGACGCCAAGAAAACGAAUUGACAUCAGUGUUGCUAUUAAGCAAUUACAUGCGGCAAGAGAGACACUUCUACAGAGCAGACACUAAAAAAAGACAUCUGGACUCUGCUAAUGUGAGAAGGAAGAAUUUGUACCGACGUAUUUCCCCUAUUUCUACCUUUUAUAUUUUUUUAAGUUUGGAUCUGUAUGCUAUUUGUGUUAAAACAUUGUAAUAUUCCAUCAGCUUCCCUUGUCAAAACUGUUUUGCUUGAUUUAGAUAUGUAUUGCCUAAUAGUCAAUUCUGGUUUUUUUCUU